AUGGCACUAAGGAAGACUCAGCGAGCACUAAAUCUGGCGACAGAAAAGGGAUCAUCAGCAUGGCUUACAGUGCUUCCUCUCCAGGAUUUGGGCUUUAACCUGAAUAUAAGAGGGAGUUCGGUGACGCUGUUAAACUACGCUACGACUGGUCAGCAGAAGAUAUCCCCUCCACAUGUGCUUGUGCUUGCCUUUACGGUUAAACAGAAGAUCAAACAAAGCUCAGGAUGCGAGGUUAGAUAUCCACGCGCGUGGUUUCUAG